AUGACUGAUACCUCGUGGGGGCUCUUGAAGCCCGAGGGCCGUACGCUGGCCCCGCUGGGCCUGAGCCUCCGUCGUGGCCUCAUCGCCAUUACCGUCCUCGCCCUCGUCUCCUUUAUCGCCUCGGCCACCCUCUUCCUCUACCUCUCCUACAAGAUCAUCCUGUGGCGCUUCUUUAUGCGCCAUCCCCCCGCCCGAGAGACUCAGAAUCCCCGUCUCCGCAAUGCCCUCCAGCCCACAGUCAACUUCAGGCUCGGCAUCGACGACAUCUUCCCCGAUGGUCAAGGACCACAGGCCGAAUCCUCAGUUGCCGCCCAGGCGCUGCACCAAUCGUCUGAAUCACCUCUGCCGCCUUCCUCUUGCUCCAAGAACCCGCCGCCGAAUCAGUUCCUCGUCCUCAUCUACAACCUUUUCCUCGCCGAUAUGCAUCAGAGCCUGGCCUUUCUGCUCAACACGGCUUGGCUUCAGCGCGACGGCAUCAUGGUCGGUACGACUACCUGCUGGUCGCAGGGCUUCUUUGUCUCCACCGGCGACUUGUCGUCAAGCAUGUUCAUCAUGGCCAUCGCGUUCCACACGUACAUGUCUGUCGUCCAGAACCGUCGCCCUUCACACAAGUUGCUCUACCUGCUCAUCGUCUUAAUAUGGAUAUUCGUCUAUGCCAUUUCUCUGCUGCCAGUGGGAACCACUCGCAAUGGCCGCGACGCUGGCGGCUUCUUUGUGAGGGCUGGUGCAUGGUGCUGGAUGAACAAGGACUACGAGAAUCUCCGUCUCGUCACGCACUAUCUCUGGAUCUUCAUGGCGCUCGGCAUCACAUCGGCGCUCUACCUCUCUAUAUUCAUCUCUCUUCGCCGCCAGCAAAUGCAAGCGCGCAAAGCUGCAGGUCCGAACGCGCCCCAGGCCGAGCUGAGCCACAAGCCAGCCUUCCUCAUCUACCCUGUCAUCUACGUGGCGUGCACCCUGCCGCUCGCCCUGGGCCGCAUCGCCACGAUGGCGGGCCUGGACGUACCCAUCGGUUACUUCUGCUUCGCCGGUGGCAUGAUCGCCUUCAACGGCUCCUUUGACUGCCUGUUGUUCGGAACCACACGUAACACCAUCAUCUUUGCGGCGCCCUGCGAUGUCGACACCGAGGACACGGGUAUCAAAACUUUUGCAUUUCUGCAGACGCCAUCGCGUGAAUUCGGCAACAUGGUCUGGAUUCAGGGCGGCACAGGACGAGGGGUUCGCUGCAUGGAGGACGAGACGGCUGGUGGGUGGUGGUCGUGGAAGCGGCUCAGGACUACUACGGGCCCAGCAUGGCCCAGACCGCCGCAACAUCGCAACACCAGUCAGGAGUCGCUUCGUGGUACGGCUAUACAGAUGGAUAUGGUAACGACCGUGGUCGUAGAAGAGGAGGUGGAGAAGGACACUCAGCAACGGAAAGACCCAGAGGCCUCCCUUAGCGAGAUGACGUCGACCAAGAGCGCGGACAGAGACUACUCCGACGGCUAG